UGUUCUUGAUCCGUCCCCUUUAUCGAGGAUGUAUCGAGAAAUGACUUGUGCGGACUUGGUUUAUUACUGCAAUGAACGUUGCCUGAACCACAUUUGUGUGGCUAUUAAUAUGAAAACGAAAAGAGGCAGAGUGGUGUUUAACUGGAGCAGCUAGAGCGAUUAUCAAGUACGCUGCUGUACCAUUUGCAGAAUCCUCCCGUCCUCGGGAGUCCGUUCUCCUGAGUCCAACUUGUCAGGUCCGAACUAACAAGGACGCAAGUCUGAACUUCGCCUACUUGGUAUUGGGAAACGCCUCUUGUCAGUGUCAGUUCUGUUUCUGACAUCCUCUCGAAAUGCCGGAAGAGAGUGAUAACGGAAACACCAGUCUUCAGUGUCAUUCUGGCUUUUUACAUUCUCGAAAAUAAGAGAAUGAACUGACUGAGAUGGACAGUUUUGACAAGUUUCUCAGUAAUGAGGACAUUGUCGGAUCUCAUGCUGGGCUAAAUGUCAGCGCUGCAGCUCAGAGUGGAAGCCAGAUUACAGCACCUGUGCUCACUAACAAUACAAUAACAGGCAGUGUCCAAAUUAUACAUAAUACACCUAGUUCUACUUCGAAUGGCCCACCCUCUGAAACAACACAAACCUCAGCAACAAGAUCUGUGAUUUUAAAAUAUAAGGAGCGGAUCUGCAACGAGUAUCAGUGUGUGACCGAGUAUAACUCACUGCCUGGUGAACAUGUGCUGCUGUCUGAGCGCUACACACAACCUCUGAUCCUUCAGAGACAUAGAGGUCGAAAAGAGAGAGAACAAGAGAUCGGCUCCAGUGGAGAAAGCUUCCAGCAGGUCCUCAGCGCCAGGAGCAGUGAUGACUCUGUCCAUCUGAGCUCUCUGUUCAACCCAGAUGGACAUGGGAUCCGUCCUAGUGCUGUUAUACUGCAGGGAAAUUCUGGGAACGGGAAAUCUUUCACUGUGCAGAAGAUCAUGAUGGACUGGGCAUCUGGUGACCUCUACAAAGAGCGGUUUGAUGUUGUGUUCCACCUGAAGUGUAAAGAAAUAAACCGCAUUUGUGGCAAAAAGAGUUUGGCGGAGAUCUUGAGCUGCAGUUGUAGUUUAACAUCAGAUCAGAUCUCACAGGUACUACAGCAUUCACCAGAGAAGGUGCUCUUCAUCAUCGAUGGAUUUGAUGAGCUGAGACUCACACAGGACAUUAAUGACAUGUCACCACACACUGAUCUGCUUCAGAAAGCCCCAGCUGAGGUCAUUCUUUGUGACCUGCUGAGGGGUCGAAUCCUGCCAGAGUCCUUCCUUCUGGUCACCUCCAGAUCUACAGCCACAGAUACACUGAGUAAACUGCUCAAAGGACCUCAGGGUUUCGCUGAGAUUAUGGGAUUUUCAGAAAAGGGGGUAGAGGAGUACUUCCAGAAGUUUUUUCAAAAUGAGGAACUUUUCAGGAAGGCUUACACACUUGUGAAGACAAAUGAAACCCUCAUCACGGCCUGUUCCAUCCCUGUCAUCUGCUGGAUCAUCUGCACAGCUAUCAAGGAACGACUCAAAACUGGUGCAGAUGUAACAAGUGGACUGGAAACCACCACCUCCAUCUACGUUGACUUUGUGUGCACUCUCUUGAAGCAUCACUGCCAGGGUUCGAUUCAGUCCAUCCCGACCCUGCUGAGGAGUCUGGGUCAGCUGGCAGAGAGAGGUAUGCUGGAACAGCAAGUCCUGUUAGAUGAGAAAAGUGUUUAUGAAACAGUUUCAGACCCUGCUGGCAGUCCGUUCCUGUGCAAGUUCCUGUUUAAGAGACGAAUCCACCAGGAGACGAUGUUCAGUUUCAUGCAUCUCAGCUUUCAGGAGUUCUUCACUGCUCUGUACUAUGUCCUUUUAGGUGAAAAAGAGUCCCAGAGAAAAUUUACACAGCUAUUUUCCAUUAAUAAAUACUCAAGUCAUUAUCAUUUUUGUCCUAAACAUUUUUCAGCUGUGGUGCAGUUUGCAUUUGGUCUGCUGAAUAAGGAUGUGAGAUGCACACUUGAGAAACAUGGACUCUUUGUUCAUUCAAAAACACAGACUCAUCUGAAAGAAUGGAUUUUGAAAAUGGUUCAUAAUAUUCACACAUAUUCAGUUAAAGCACUUUUUUUCCUUCACUGUCUCUAUGAACUUCAUGAAGAGGACUUUGUGAAAAAAGCUAUGAAAACCUGGAAAAGAAUUCAUGCAUAUGAUCCAAUCAUAAGCAGAACAGACUGCUGGGUCAUGCUGUACUGCUCUCAGUGCUGUCAGUGCAUAGAAGAACUGGAUCUUUUUGUGUGCACGUUAUCAUCUGAAUAUUUCCGUAUAAUUCUGCCUGUUUAUGACAAGUUUAAGAAAGUAAGCUUGAACGUACAAGUUUCAUCAGACUCUGAUCUUGAUGAACUGAUAAACACUCUCACAAGAGGACAGAACCUGAGAUCAACACGCAUUGAUGUCCUCUUCAUAUUUAGAAAAUUUGAGACUUGUUAUCUGCAGUUGUCAAUCAAAGAAGAAAUCAGUAUCAAGAUAAUAACUUCAACACCUUUGCAGUCGCUCACUCUCACCUCUCAAUGCCGAGAGCCAAUCAACAUUGAGUGGGCCAAACUUACUCAGAUAAUUCUCCAAGGAGAUUUAGAUGCAUUAAUGACAGUUCUCUAUUCUUUCUCUAAACUGAAAAAGAUGGAAAUGAAACUACACUGUCUAAGUGAGAUGUGGACUCAUUGGAUCCUCCGAAUCAUCCAGAACUGCUCCAGUCUCACAGAACUCAAGGUGAAUGCUUACCUUUUACUGGAGGAAGGAAUCAAGGUCUUGCAGAGGUCAGACACAAGACCAGCCUGUAGUGUGACAUUUCAGGGGUUCAAAUGCAAUAAUCAGUCUGUAAAAUGCACACGCUAUCAGGACCGUCGACUUAGCUGCAACCAGUGGGUGAAGAUUCAUCUGAGUUCCUCUGGCUUUUCUAUGGAGAUUUUGUGAAAGUAAGUUAGGAUUAAGAUUAACACAAAGAAUGUACCAGUAACAGUGUGAACUGUAAUAUGACACCAACCAGUGAUUUUUUUUUUAUUUUUUUUUAAUUUUUUAUGAUUUAUACAAUUCCACUUGAAUAUUGUAUAUUAAAUGUACAAGCUUUCAGUGCAACAGCAUAUGAUCAUAGUGUGCAGUGUGGAUCCUAACCUACUGCUCAGCUUUGUGUAUUUAUUUCUACAUGUUUUAUUGUUUUAUCUCUUGUCUCUCUCCAUUUCUAAAGCCCUUGUUUCGGGACUAAUGGUACAGCUUGAUAACUAGGAGAAACUGCCACAGCAGCAUCUUUAGCUAGAGCUGUGGAUGGGAAUAAAGACAUCAACUAAGAAUAUCUAAAAUCAUUUAGGUGUUGUAAUAGUAAUGGUCAUCUAUCAAUUUAUUUGUAUAUUGCGUUUCACAAUACAUAUUGUUUCAAAGCAUCUUUAUUGGUUUUUUUAUUGAUGCUUAAUUGCAUGUAACAGUUUAGAGCUGAAUGAUUGUAGUUUAUAUGUGAAGACAAAAUAACCUAUCAAGCAUUUGAGAUUUGCUUUAUAGUGAGAGUAUUGUAUGUAUGCAUGCUGAAAUAAAUUGAAUAUAGUGUAUGAGGUUUUAUGUGACGACAUGGAGAAUUAUGAAUCUGACUGUGGGAAGGAAUGAAAAACUCCAUUUGAUGUUGGAUAACGAAUAAAAACUUCACUGUUGGUGUCUUUUAGAAGAGCCUUAUUAGAA